CUCCGCACCCAAACAGCAAACACAGUGAACAAAGGCUAGCAGCCUAGCACGCCUUUCUUCCUUCAUUGUUCACUUUCUCUCUGCUCUUUUUCACUCUCUACUUACCUCCGUUUCUUCUGGAAGUUUCGUCUUUUGCCUUCUGCAAUUUUUAAUCCCUAAAUUUGCUAUUUCUUUUCAUGUGAUCGCAUUUCAUCCAAUUGGUUGCAGCAUAUUUGCUUCGUUAGCUUGGUCGUGCAAACAUGGCGAACAUUGCUUUGACAGGAAUACUGGAAAAGAUGACUGGUAAAGAUAAAGAUUACCGGUAUAUGGCGACUUCGGAUUUGUUGAAUGAAUUGAGCAAGGAGGGAUUUAAGAUUGAUUCCGAUUUGGAGAUAAAAUUGGCAAAUACAAUUCUUCAGCAACUCAAUGAUUCAGCUGGGGAUGUAUCUGGAUUAGCUGUGAAAUGUCUUGCUCCAUUAGUGAAGAAGAUAAAUGAGGCGAGAGUGUUGGAAUUGACAAACAAACUUUGUGAUAAGCUCCUGAAUGUGAAAGAACAGCAUCGAGAUGUUGCAAGCAUAGCUUUAAAGACAAUUGUUUCUGAAGUCAGCAGUUCGUCAGCCAUACAAGCUUUGCUUGACUCUCUAAUACCUCAAUUGAUAAAAGGAAUAACUGGCAAUGGAUCAAGUACAGAAAUCAAAUGUGAGUGUCUUGAUAUCUUGUGUGAUAUUCUUCAUAGAUAUGGGAAUCUUGUGGUUGGCUACCAUGAGGAGCUGCUGCGUGCUUUACUUUCUCAGUUGAAUUUUACUCAAGCCACUAUCAGAAAGAAGACAGUUUCUUGCAUAGCAUCACUUGCUUCAAGCUUGUCUGAUGAUUUAUUAACAAAGGCUACAGUUGAAGUUGUUGGACUUCUUAAACGCAAGGCUACAAAGGCUGAAAUGACACGGACAAACAUUCAAAUGAUUGGGGCUCUGAGUCGUGCUGUUGGUUAUCGUUUUGGACCCUAUCUCCAAGAUACAGUUCCUCUGCUAAUUAAUUACUGCAAAACUGCAUCUGAGAAUGAUGAAGAACUUCGGGAGUAUAGUUUGCAGGCCCUUGAGAGUUUUCUACUUAGAUGUCCAAGGGAUAUCUCUAUCUAUUGUGAAGAAAUUCUUCAGCUCACUCUGGAAUUUCUUAGUUAUGAUCCAAAUUUCACUGAUAGCAUGGAGGAAGAUUCUGAUGAUGGAAAUAAUGAGGAAGAUGAAGAUGAUGAAAGUGCCAAUGAAUAUACAGAUGAUGAAGAUGCUAGCUGGAAAGUGAGAAGGGCUGCAGCAAAAUGCUUAGCUGGAGUUAUUGUGUCCCGGCCGGAGAUGCUGUCACACUUGUAUGAAGAGGCUUGUCCAAAGCUUAUUGAUAGGUUUAAAGAACGAGAAGAAAAUGUUAAGAUGGAUGUAUUUAACACAUUCAUCGAGCUCUUGAGGCAGACUGGAAAUGUUACUGGAGGGCAGAUGGAUACAGAUGAGAUGAGUCCAAGAUGGUUAUUAAAGCAAGAAGUACCCAAAAUUGUGAAAUCUAUAAAUAGGCUGCUGCGUGAAAAGUCUAUCAAAACUAAGGUUGGUGCCUUUUCUGUGUUGAAAGAACUCGUUGUUGUCUUGCCAGACAGCUUGGCUGAUCAAAUUGGAUCUCUAAUUCCUGGGAUAGAGAAGGCAUUACUAGACAAUUCAUCUACAUCAAAUUUGAAAAUUGAGGCACUUGUUUUUACCAGAUUAGUUUUGGCUUCACAUUCGCCUAUUGUUUUCCAUCCGCAUGUCAAGGCACUUUCUGGUCCUGUACUAUCUGCUGUUGGUGAGCGGUACUACAAAGUUACUGCUGAGGCAUUGAGGGUUUGUGGAGAACUUGUCCGAGUUUUGCGUCCAAGUAUUGAGGUGUCUGGUUUUGACUUCAAGCCAUUUGUUCAUCCUAUUUACAAUGCUAUCAUGACACGCUUGACGAAUCAAGACCAGGAUCAGGAGGUUAAGGAGUGUGCUAUAACCUGUAUGGGACUUGUUAUUUCAACGUUUGGCGAUAAUCUUACUGUGGAAUUACCAGCAUGUCUUCCUGUUUUGGUUGAUCGUAUGGGAAAUGAGAUAACCAGGCUUACAGCAGUAAAGGCAUUUGCUGUGAUUGCUGCUUCUGCACUUCGUAUCGAUCUAUCUUGUGUCUUGGAGAUUGUUAUUGCUGCGUUGACAGCAUUUUUACGGAAGGCCAACAGAGCUCUGAGACAGGCAACUCUGGGGACACUGAAUUCUCUAAUAGUUGCAUAUGGCGACAAAAUAACUUCAUCAGCUUAUGAAGUCAUUAUUGUAGAAUUAUCAACUCUCAUUAGUGACUCCGACUUGCAUAUGACUGCUCUUGCUCUGGAGUUAUGCUGUACUUUAAUGACUGACAGAAGGUCAAGCCCAAAUGUUGGCUUGACUGUUAGAGACAAAGUUCUUCCUCAGGCAUUAACAUUAGUUAGGAGCUCCUUGCUCCAGGGGCAAGCACUUACGGCAUUGCAAAAUUUUUUUGCUCGAUUGGUAUACUCUGCUAAUACAAGUUUUGAAACAUUGCUGGAAUCUCUGCUUUCAAGUGCUAAACCAUCUCCUCAGUCGGGUGGUGUUGCUAAACAAGCAAUGUUUUCGAUUGCUCAAUGUGUUGCUGUUCUUUGCCUUGCCGCUGGUGAUGACAAAUGCUCGUCUACAGUAGAUAUGCUUACUGAAAUUCUGAAAGGCGAUAGCACUAACAAUUCAGCGAAGCAACACCUAGCCUUGCUCUGUUUGGGAGAGAUAGGAAGAAGGAAAGACCUAAGUGCACAUCCUCAUAUUGAGAAUAUUGUUAUUGAGUCUUUCCAAUCUCCUUUUGAAGAGAUAAAAUCUGCAGCCUCCUAUGCUCUUGGAAACAUUGCUGUUGGGAAUUUGUCAAAGUAUUUACCUUUUAUUCUGGACCAAAUUGAUCAUCAGCAAAAGAAGCAAUAUCUUUUGCUUCAUUCUUUGAAAGAGGUUAUUGUACGACAAUCAACAGACAAAGCUGAGUUCCAGGCCUCGAGUGUUGACAAGAUUCUGAAUCUGUUGUUUAAUCACUGUGAAAGUGAGGAGGAGGGAGUUCGCAAUGUGGUUGCUGAAUGUCUUGGUAAAAUUGCUCUCAUUGAGCCCACUAAACUUGUCCCUGCACUUAAGAUACGAAUUACAAGUCCUGCUGGAUUUACUAGGGCCACCGCCAUCAUUGCCAUUAAAUAUUCUCUGGUGGAAAGGCCUGAAAAGAUAGAUGAGAUUCUGCAUCCUGAGAUCUCAUCAUUUCUGAUGCUAAUUAAGGAUCAUGAUCGGCAUGUUAGACGUGCAGCUGUUUUGGCUCUGAGUACUGCUGCCCAUAAUAAGCCAAAUCUCAUCAAAGGGCUUUUGCCUGAAUUGCUGCCUCUUCUGUAUGAUCAAACAGUGGUCAAGAAAGAGUUGAUACGGACAGUUGAUCUGGGUCCAUUUAAGCAUGUUGUGGAUGAUGGUCUUGAACUCAGAAAAGCAGCUUUUGAAUGUGUUGAUACUUUACUGGACCACUGUCUUGAUCAAGUCAAUCCUUCAUCUUUUAUUAUUCCCUAUCUAAAGUCUGGUCUGGAUGAUCAUUAUGAUGUUAAAAUGCCAUGCCACCUUAUUCUUUCUAAACUGGCAGACAAGUGCCCAUCUGCUGUAUUGGCAGUGUUGGAUUCGCUGGUGGAUCCUCUUCAGAAAACUAUUAAUUUCAAGCCAAAGCAAGAUGCUGUCAAGCAAGAAGUAGAUCGUAAUGAGGACAUGAUCAGGAGUGCUCUAAGAGCAAUUGCAUCUUUGAAUCGCAUCAGUGGUGGAGACUGCAGCAUUAGGUUCAAGAACCUCAUGAAUGAAAUAGCAAAAUCUCCUAGUCUAUGGGAAAAAUAUCACUCCAUCCGCAACGAGUGAGUGUUUCAGGCCACAUCGGACCAAGCUGCAUGUCAAGCACUUGUCAUUAUGAUGCUGCACUGAUCUUGUUGCUAGGGGGCAAGAUAUAUGAUGCAACUGAUACAGCAUGUGAUGUUAUGGAGACCAAAAUGCUACCUGAAUUUUUGGAGUCUUAGGAAAAUACAAAACUUACGGCCUUCCAGUAGGGGAUGUUUUGUACAGACAGGCAUAGUUCUCUGCAAUUUGUUUAUAGUUUUGUGCUGUAGACUCAUUAAUUUUCGGGAUGACAUCAGACAGGAUAUGCAAUUCUCCCUGAAGCAAUCUGCAGUUGAUUUGCAUAUAGAGCGGAAUUCAAUCAUGACAUCUGCAGGAGAUUCUACUUUCUUGCACUGCAAUAUCUGCUGAUUGAUGAUGAAUAUAUCAUAUAUUUCCCUUUACCUUUUUACG